CUGGACUGACUGACGUUGGCUAGCUGGCUGUCAGCGGCAACGGUGAGCUGAAGUAAGGAAGCGGAGGACGGUGAAAGUGAAAGGAGAGCUCCAUAACCCGUCCUCAUACAGCCCGUCCACACAGGGCGAGAGAGAGAGAGAGAGAGAGAGGCCCCGGGUCUGGCUUCAAGGCAGCAGCACUUCAGCAGACACAGCCAUGGCUAACAUCGCUGUCCAAAGGAUCAAGCGGGAGUUCAAAGAAGUUCUCAAAAGCGAAGAGACAAGUAAAAACCAGAUAAAAGUAGAUUUGGUGGAUGAGAACUUCACAGAGCUGAGGGGGGAGAUAGCAGGUCCUCCAGAUACACCAUAUGAAGGUGGCAGAUAUCAGCUUGAAAUAAAAAUCCCAGAAACCUAUCCUUUUAACCCGCCAAAGGUGCGUUUCAUCAGUAAGAUCUGGCACCCGAAUAUCAGUUCUGUGACAGGAGCAAUAUGUCUGGACAUUUUAAAAGACCAGUGGGCAGCUGCUAUGACCCUGCGGACGGUGCUGUUGUCUCUACAGGCUCUUCUUGCUGCAGCAGAACCAGAUGAUCCGCAGGAUGCAGUAGUAGCAAACCAGUACAAGCAGAACCCAGAAAUGUUCAAACAGACUGCGAGGCUGUGGUCUCACGUCUAUGCAGGCGCUCCUGUCUCCAGUCCCGACUACACACGCAAAAUAGACAAACUCUGUGCCAUGGGCUUUGAUAAGAAUGCAGUAAUAGCGGCCCUGUCUUCAAAAUCCUGGGACGUGGAAACGGCGACAGAGCUGCUCCUCAGCAACUGAAACGCAGCAAAGUGUGAUUAUCCCAAACUCCCUUCAUCAUAGCAUCAGCUCCUCCCUGGCAUCCAUUCCACCAUUGCCUUUUGCUACAGACAACACCCCCCCCCCCCCCAUUCACCACAGCAGUCUGACCCUUCUUUUAUAACUUCUUCUGUCUUUUCUUCCCCUAACUCAAAAUGUGUAUCCUUGUAAUAACCCACCAAACACUUUAAAUCACGCAUCUUGUCUUCCAUGACCAUUAUUUAUAAUUGCUCUGAAACAUUUCCCCCCCACAAAAUUUUGUUCCUAAAAUAUUGCAAAUAAUCAAAUGACUGCUUUUGCUUGGUGGAUUUUUCCAGAGUAAAAUGUCACACACCAUUGUCUCCCUCCAGCAACCAGGUGGACCUCCAUGUCAGAGUAUUCUCUUCAUGGACAUUUAACUAUAAAGGUUCUUGCUGGGUUAAAUUUACUUAACUCAAGUGUUCUGCAAUAUAAUUAAUUUUUCCAAAACGGUUUAUCAUCAAUGCUUAAAUCACCUUUUUUUUUCCUGUCUGUAGAAAAGAUCACAACAUCCUCAAACAUCUGCACAGAACGAAAAAAAAGUGUAAUCUGUAAAUGUGUGUAAAUUUGAAAAUACAGUGGGGAUAUAAUUUUUUUCUUAAAUGGCAUUGUAAAACAAAUUAUUUUGAAUAUAAACUAUGCCUAGUUUACAACUAUAUGGAGAGGUAUCUUUUUAUGCUUUUGUGAUCCACGAGAAAUCCCUCUGAACGGCCAUAAUCCUGGCACAGGAGGAGACAGCUCAGGCCCCUGAAGGUCAUUACAUGCCACCUUUUCUUGUCUUUGCAUGUUCUAUGCUGCCUUUUAUUUUAUUUGGCCAAAUGAUGUGGUGUUGGGGGGGGUUGUCUGUUCAACAUCCUUCAGCACUCACAACUCUUUCUAAUCUGUGAAAAGAGACUCCUGGAAGCUCUGCUCAGGCACCAACAAGAAAUGCGUGACUCUGAAUGUCGAUAAGGAUUGAGUGCUGUGGUUUGUUUAACUCAUUUUAGAGCAAUCACUUUCAGCCAUGUAACAAGGAUCUGCUCACCCUCUCAGUCCUGAUGUUGAUCAUUAAGAGGUGGAGCUUUAUCACUCGUCACUGAUCCAAUCCAGCAGUACUCAAUCAAAACCUUUGGCCAUAUAUAGAGGUGUAAAGGUGACGCCACCAAACAUGCUUUACUACUCAGCCAAAUAAAAUGCUUAGAGGUCGUCUUUGAAUGAUGAGUAGUAAACAAGGCUGGGACUCAUCUGAAGCAGGUAGCAGGCCUGCACAGUGAUUUAAAACAUUUUUGAUUUGAGGUACAUGGACUGUAAAGAAAUGCUUAGCUUAUAGAGAAGUGAGGUGUUGAUGAAUCCUCACACAUGGCCUUUCUUUUAAAAAGAAACUAUCUUCCUUUGUGCUUGCCCUCUAGCUCAGUCCCCACCAACACAGUGGCAUGUUAGAGUACUACAUGGAGUUAUCGUGCUCCCUCUCCACUGACGGUUAAGUUUCCAGCCAGAGCCAAAGCAAGGUUCCAAGGUAGAAGGUGCCCAUCAUCGCCUUUACUUGUAAAUAGUCCAGUUCUUGAUAAAGAGCCGUCGAUAUCACUAGAGUGCACCAUUGAUGUCUGGAUCUAUAUUUUGUAAGAAAAAGAAAGGACAAAAAAAAAGGAAGAGGCCCCCUCCCCAGUUUCCUCACUAUGUACAAUAUUGCACGAUGAUAAAGCAUAGACAAAGGGGCUGUUUGCAUCUCAGUUUCUCCUUUUGGAUCGACUUAUUUUCCUCUUUUGUUUCCUUGGAAGUGAGCAUCAACAGUAUAAAAAGCAUGGUUAUUUAUUGUGACAGUGUCAUGUUUCUUUGAUUAAAAAAAAGUGGAAAACCCA